AUGCCUACCUUCUCCAAGUUCCUAAAUGGUUCCAGAGGAUGUCAACAAGUGCUUGAUUCUGACGGAUAUAUCUACACCAGGAAGAAAUCUGAUGACAGCGUCCUCUCCUCUGCUUGGCGUUGCCAGAAGAACAAAACAACGCUCAAGAGGAAGGCUGCAGAACAACCCCUGUCGAGACUCAGAGAUAUCAUUAACCGCAGUGCUGACACACUCGUCGAAGAGGUAAACAACACAGACGACGCCCGGAGAUACUUUGGAGCCUCUAAGAUACUCGCCAAAGGAUAUGUUAGACCAGCUCUAACCGUCCACAACCCUGCUGGGAAUAUCGCAGGUACUAAUGAGGAGAAAGCGAGGAUUAUUAAGGAGUACUUUGAAGCUGAGUUCAACGACGCUGAUGAGCCUACCCUUCCUGCCUUCCUUGACCCCCCAUCUAGCCUUAACAGUCCCAUCACCGUUACAGAGAUAGAGAGAGCCAUCAGUAAACUCAAGUCUGGUAAAGCAGUGGGUAUUGAUAAAGUUCCUGGCGAGGUCAUGAAAGCCCUGAACAAUCCCCUCCUUCAUGAAGAGCUGGCUAAUGUGUUCAACGAAAAGAUCCUGUCACUGAUAGUGCUAAACAGAAUAGAGAGAGCUGUGGACAACUUCACCGGACCGUUCCAAGCUGCCUACAAAGCUGGCAGGAGCUGUGCCGACCUAGUUUGGGCACAGAGCAUGCUCAUAUCUGUAGUAAUGAAGAAGGAGUUUGAAUGGAACAAAGUGAGUAUUGACAUGUCAGCUGCCUUCAAUACCAUCCGCAGAGGUACAACAAUCAGACUACUAGAAGCUGAAGGAUGCUCCAGAGACGACCUGAGGCUUGUACAAUACCUCAUGGCUAACACCACUCUAGUAGUCAGAGUGUGUUCUACUGACUCAGAGAUGUUCUCUUUCAACAUAGGAGCCUCCCAAGGAGACAUCACAGCUGGUAAAUUGUUUACCCUCAAUCUAGCUGGAGCUGUAGUGCACAUAAGAGCAGUCCUCCCCUCAAGACCCAACCCUCCGAUAGCCGAUAACCACAUGCCUCUUGAGUCCGGCUAUUCAGACGGUUUAGAGGAGAUUGGUGAAGAUAUGGAGGAGUUACAGGAUAUCUUUCAGAUCUCCAAGAAUAUUCUCAGUGAAUGGAGUCUCUUUGUCAAUGACACAAAGACAAAGUUUACCAGAGUGUAUUUAGAAGAAGUUGGUGCCUGUGACGAGUGGGAUAAUGAACUAAGAGGAAAAGAGGAGUGGAGAAACGAGACGCUUCUUGGUACUAAGCUUGGAUCAGAGCAGGAUGUUACUAAUAGAAUAAAUAAAGCUAACUCUGCCUUCUGGUCAUUUGACAAGCUGUGGUGCCAGGGAUCAGAGAGGAGUCAGAUAACUGAGAAGAGAAAGAUCAAACUCUACGACUCACUAGUAGUAUCAGUGCUCCUGUACAACUGCUGCUGCUGGGCCGUACCUCAGCAUGUUCUAGAGUCUGUAGAUGUUCUUCAGAGGAAGCACCUCAAGCGCAUCCUACACAUAUAUUGGCCUAGCUCAAUAUCUAACAAGGCCCUCUACGCUCUACGAGACAGACUGGUAUCAGCGCAGCCUAAUUAUCAGAAGGAUCAGUUCAAACAGCAACAGAAAGAGCUCGACUCUGUCCAGCAAACUGUACAAACUGAGAUGAAAAAACUUGGUGUGACAUCGUCAAGGAGAACUGUGGAAGGGCUGUGA